CCGAAUCGAAAUGAAAAUUGUGAUCUCUUGGAGUAGAAGCGAGGCCCGAGAGGGUCGCUCGGAUUAUCUUCCUAUGUAUUUCGCUAAAAUUGUGAUUGUGGUUGAAGUUGUUGUGUGUAAUGUUGGCAGGUCGCUGUCUGGCUUUCUACCAGGAAGGAGUAGUGGAUAUAGCACGACGUCGAUAUCAUGUUGAAGAGGAGCGUCGCUACCGCUAGAUAUCUUUUCAUCUGCCGCUAAGAGAUACAACAACUCACCCGCAUUGGACUAAUUUAGCGACCACCUUGUUUUUAGCGAGGUUGGUAAAAGUCUGUGUAGUGAACGAGAAGUCAUAGCACUAGAAAAAAAGAUGUUCCGCAACACCACCACUCCCUUCGGCACAACUACUAACCGCGACCGCCUCCCCUCCAGCAACCCGAGUUCGAACAAAAACUACCAGUCCGCGCUCCCAGACGAGCAUGAUGAGCAACUCGCUUCCGAUUUUGUCGGUGGUUUAGCCGGACUCGGCCAGUCGAGCCGGUUUAAUUCGCAGUAUGGGGGAGGUAGUUCUUCCUCCAGCAGGGGAACUGCGGCGUCAAGUGCUUUGUUUAGUAAACCCAGAACACCGCAGACCCCAAUCAAAACGUCGAAAGAGGUAGUGGAGGACAUUGUGAUGGGCGAUGCGUCGUCGAACCAUAAUUACAACAGCUCCCGAGGACAUCAAUCGUCGUCAAACUGCGGCCUCUUCCAGCGUUCCGCACGGGACCUGGGACAGCUCUUCGCCCGGAUAGAUGCGGCGGAUGGAGAUGAGCACGACAAUAAUCACCACCCGAUAAGCUCGGAUCAAGAUGAGGAAAUGCUGGAUCAGAAUGGGAAAAACGCAUCACAGAAGUCCUCCGCGUCCUCGUCACACACCGUGGAACCAGUCCCGGAGUACGAGUUGGAUACAAGUACACUAAAUAACAGCUUCAGCAGCAUGCUGCCAGGUGGAACAAUGUUGAAUAGCCGGCAAAAUGGAGCAGGGGUAGUACCAUCCACGAACAUCAUGAACAUAGCGAAAGGCGCGUUUUUCUUCCAGGGAAAUCCGCCCGAGGGCAUGAUGUUUCCGGCGGGUGGUGCGUCGAACAACGGUCAGGUGGUAUCAACAUCUUCCCCUUCCAGUAGCGACAGCGCCACCAGCAACCCAAAUCGAAUACCGUUGCAGCAAAUCCCCGUUUUCGUCAGUUCUAUCGCCCAGACGAUUUUUAACAGCUGUGUUCUAGCGCUCGGGUUUUGGGCUUUGUACAGCUUUUACGCGAUGAUCCGGGAUGACAUUCAGACGAAGGUGGAAAAAUACUCGCAAGAGAUUUUGGACCAGAUAGAGAAAUGCAGCCACGACUACACCGUGAACAAGUAUUGAAAUGGGUUACGUUUUUUUUUACAACAAGAUUCGUCGACUCGCUGAACACCUUUUUUCGUGCUGUUUGCAUCAUCACUAGUACAACACCACCUACACCCGCUAGUACCGGGAUGAACAAAUUCAAAUUUUACUACAAGGUUGAGCUGCAGCAUCACAUGAUCUUCACACCAUAUUAUCAAAAUCAAACUUUCUCAAUUAAUACCAAACUAUCAGGUGCGGCAUCGACGUCCGUCCGGCUCUGGAACAGCCCUGCCGGCAGUGGCAGGCCUGUAUGGACCAAGAUCCUUUGCAGGUUGCGUACAAAACGAAAUUUUCCGCCGCGACCUUUGGCGAGGCCUUGAACGGCUUUUUUUCCGAAUUGGAAUGGAAAACCAUUGUCGGGUUUCCGCUGUUGAUGGUGGUGGUGUUGAUCGGGUUCAAUAUGCUGUUUGGGAUGAUGAACAGAACGGGUGGUGGGGGUGGGAGAAGUGGUACGACGGGAGGAGUUGAGCAGCAGCAAUAUCAUGCGCAGCAGAUGCAGCAGUAUAACAACCAAAAUCUUCCCGGCUCUUGGGGCGCAUCAUCAUCCUCCUCCUACCACCAGCUUCCUUAUCCGCAGCCACAGCAGUUUCUGGAAGAUAAUUUCGAUUUCAGCGGGAUGAAGGGAGACAAUGACUAUCGGAGUAAUCGUCCUGGGUGUCAUUCUACUUCUUCUAUGAUGCCAGCAAGCAUCACAGAUAUGGACCACAGCGCUAGUACAACCGGGCGCGGUAGCAAUUUACACCAUCGAGGAAGGUUUUACUGAUUAUGGAAUUGUUUGUGAAGAAGAUGCCACGCACGCACAAAGCGGAACGCGACGACAAAGAGAACUCAACUUAGCAGAACUACUAGACGAGGAACUUUUUUACUUCGAUCGUGUGUACGCAAGAAUUGGCUCCUCGAAAUAGUGAGUACUUUGGGUUUUGACAGAACAAGCGACUGAUAAUUGAAGAUUCACAAUGUAAU